AUGGCCGAGGAGGAAGAUACCAACCGCGUAACAUCGACCUGGCCUGACCCUCCACCAUUCUGGAAAGACUUCACCCCCGAGAACAUCUCCCGCUACGACACCCUUAAAUCAGACUACGCGACAGCACACUCCACCCCCGACCCAGAUUCCAUAACCCGCCUCCCCUCCAUCCCAGAAGACCUCAUCAAUCUCCAACCACCACCCGAACCAACAGAUGGAAAAUGGAGGUUAUAUAGCGAAGCCCAAGCACUCACCGACACCCUCCAAUCCCUCACCGAAGCGGGCGUAACACCCCUCCUCCCCGCCUCCAUCAACCCCUCCUCCCAAGACUCCAAACACCUCGACCGCUCCUUCGAACUCAAAAAGCUCGCAAAGUCCAUCCUCCUAAACUACCUCGAACUCGUCGGCGUAAUGUCCCAUAACCCCGCCCACGGCGCCGCCAAGAUCCAGGACCUCAAGACCCUCAUCCUCAACUUCCACCACACUUUAAACGAAUACCGCCCCCAUCAGGCACGGGAGCAGCUCAUACAGAUCAUGCAGGACCAGCUCGACACCAAGAGGGCCGAGACCGCCGCCAUUAGGGGGGUGGUGGACAAGGCCAGGAGGAUGAUUGAGGGGUUGGGGAGUCUGGAGCUGCCGAGGCUGGACGACGAGGUGGUCACGACGGGCUCAAUAGGGGGCAGGGAGACGGAGGAGAGGAGGAGGGUGGCGGCCGAGAGGUGCACGAUUGGGAGUGUGGAGUUGGAGUUUGCCUAAGACAAUAAAGAUACCCGGGAUGAUAUCACAGCAUGUGCCAGAGGCGAAUUGCACAUACAUAGCUUGCUUCACAAAAGCCAUGAUCAGAUCACAUAACGAACGACCUGGCAACUUUGAUAAAGAUAAAAAGCUACCUUUUGAAAGAUACACACAGAAGAAGACCAACUAAAUAAGCAAGUGAUAUUAACCACAACAACAACCACCACCCAUGUCAGCACCAAAACCUGAUGAAAUAAAACAAAUAUACCCCAUCUACCACUCACGAUCCCGUGCUCCCUCCCCUCCCUCCAACCACAUCACAUAAAACUCCAACGACACACCUCGUUCCAACCAAACAACUACCCACGCCCGUCCCAAAAAGUGCAACUAGAGACCAAUCAAACACUCAAAACACGAGCAGAAACCGAACAACAAGAUGCCCACCAACUCCAGGAAAAGAGUGAGCAACUCCCCCGAAUAAAUUUCCUUCCCGAGCCGAGCCAAGAAAGUAAAUAAACAAUGAUUUGCCUAGCUUCCUUCCACUUAGCGCAAUUUUUUUUUAUCAACUCCCCAACCCCAUUCCUUCCCAAUCAUGUUCGCUCGCGUGAGCGUCGUCAAACAUCUUCUCAAGAGCAGUGCUGAGCGUCGCCAAUAUCCUCCCCGCCGCCA